AGACACAGAAGCGCAAACUUUAAACUCGAUUUCUCACUUUCCUUAUUUUAUUUUUCUUUGCAUUGCCAAUUACCUCAUCUCAUCCUUCUUUCCAAUUUAAUUAUUUUGUUUCCUCAAAUCCAACCCUUUUCUCCCUUCAACAAACAAAGCAAAAAAAUAUGGCGCGCAAAGAGUUUCCCGGAGACCCGCGUCUUCCCACCGCCAUCGUCGCCUACACGCCUGCCUCCAGCUCCGCCGACGGCGGCAUAUACUACAUGACAGCCUUUGCCAGCUCCAUGGGUGCAUUGUUUGUCAAGGCCAAGUGGAUAGGCUGGGUGGCUGUUUUUGCCUCAAUGCUCUCCAUAUUCAACGACCGCAUUUCGGCAUCGUCCAGUGGAGGCAGUCGCUUAUCCACCAUCACGCUUGCUUUGACUGCCCUUAUGAUGACUUACACGCCGGAGCUGAUUUCGGUGUAUAACCGGACCAAGGGCAACUAGACAAUCUGCCAUUUGUCAUUUUUUGUAUUUUGCAUGUGAUAAUCCAAAAAACAAUAUAAAUGGUUUUUCAUAUUUCA